AAAAAAAGCUAACAAACUGGUCGGUUUCAUCGGUAGAACUUUUGAUUAUAAAUCUGAAAAAGUUAUCCUUACAUUAUAUAAUGCACUCGUACGCCCUCAUCUAGAAUAUUGCAUUCAAUUUUGGUCACCAUACUAUAGAAAAGAUAUUAAUAAGCUGGAGAGAAUACAAAGAAGAAUGACUAAAAUUAUCCCAAGACUGCGAAAGAAGUCUUACGAAGAACGUCUAAAGGAGCUGAACUUUUUCAGUUUAUCCAAACGUAGGCUACGAGGGGACCUAAUUGAGGUUUUUAAAAUUUUCCAUGGUUUCGAUAUUAUUAACAUAAACGAUUAUGUAACUACCGAUCUCACAAGCUCCACCCGUAACAAUGGCUUCAAGAUCAUUGGUAAGCGCUUUAGAUCAAAUGAAGCGAAGCACUUUUUCUUCAAUAGAAUCGUAAAUGUUUGGAAUUCUCUCCCAGCACAAAUUGUCAACAGUAUUACAAUUGAAUCAUUUAAGAAAAAACUCGAUAAGCACUUAGCAUCUGUUCACCAAGUCGAAUAUUUCACUACUGCGUAA